UGUAACAACUCCAGUUCAGUACCAGCAACCAUGAACUUGCUAGGACUCGUGUUAUUGGCAACCAUGACAGUUGCCAAACGGCCUAAUAUUCUCUUUGUUCUGACAGACGACCAGGGCAAAUAUGUCGGUGGUUUAGAGCACAUGCCCAAGCUGCAGGAAACUCUCGUCCAACAAGGAACAAGCUACUCAAAACACUUCUGCUCAAUAGCACUAUGCUGUCCCUCACGAGCCAAUCUCUGGACAGGCCGCAUGCCACACAACACCAACGUAACGGACGUGGGUCUUCCCUACGGCGGCUAUCCCAAGGUAGUCUCCGCAGGAUGGAACGACAACUACCUGCCACUAUGGAUGCAAGAAGCCGGCUACAACACAUACUACGUAGGUAAGAUGUGGAACGCGCACACAGAGGACAACUACAACGAUCCCUACGUGCGAGGCUUUAAUGGCUCCGACUUCCUACUGGACCCCUACACCUACCGAUACUGGUACGCGCGAAUGACUCGUAAUGGUGCACCGCCCGUCAAAUAUGAUGGGAAGUACUCGACCGAUGUGAUCGCCGAAAAGGCCGAAGGCUUCAUCGACGAAGCGGUUAAGCAUGACCAGCCAUGGAUGCUGACCGUAGCACCAAAUGCACCGCACUCGAACGGAUCGCAUGAUUCAACGCGGAACGCGAACUGGUUUGGAGAGCCGGAGUUUGCGCCCCGACAUGCAGAUUUAUUCAAGGAUACCAAGGCGCCACGGGAUGAGAGCUUUAACGCCCUGAUUGAGAAUGCGGUUAGCUGGGUGCAGAAUGUGCCUGAGCUGAACCAGACGCAUAUUGACUAUAUCGAUGAGUUCCAGCGGUGUCGACUGCGAGCCUUGCAGGCUGUUGAUGAGAUGAUUGGGAAUUUGAUUGACAAGUUGGACAAGCUUGGGGAGCUGGAUAAUACCUACAUCUUCUUCUCGACAGAUAAUGGGUAUCAUCUGGGUCAGCACCGGUUGCAGCCUGGUAAGAACUGUGGUUAUGAAACCGAUAUCAAUGUCCCUCUCAUCGUCCGUGGCCCUGGUAUCGGCAAGAAUCAGACCUUGGACGCUAUCACUUCUCAUACGGAUCUGGCUCCUACCUUUUUGAACUUAGCCGGAGCGAGUCGAGAGGGACUGGAUGGCAAAAAGAUCCCUACCACCAUCGCUGCAAACACAGCAGAUAAUAGGACCGAGCAUGUGGCCAUUGAGUACUGGGGACUGGCCGUACCAGAAGGGAUCUAUGGAUAUGCCAGCGACAAGCUCGACCAGCCACACAGCAGCUACCAGCAAAACACAUACAAGGGCAUCCGACUAGUUGCCGACGACUAUAGUCUCUACUACUCAGUAUGGUGCACCAACGAGAAAGAGUUCUAUGAUCUAAAGAGCGACCCCCAUCAGACCGUGAAUCUGGGCGCCAAUCCAGCUAAACAUCCUAAUUACAAGAUCGGAAACUGCAAGUUACCGCAGAUAAUAAGCCGUCUAGACGCGUUAAUGCUCGUGCUCAAAUCCUGCGAAGGCGAUGCAUGUCGAUACCCCUGGCAACAACUGCACCCGGCUGGGAACGUGAAUAGUCUUGCAGAUGCGCUAGAUUCUGAGUUUGACACUUUCUACAAGAACCAGCCGAAAGUGUCGUUCUCUUCGUGUGAAAAUGGGUAUAUCAUUUUGGCGGAGGGGCCACAAAAGUUCAAUUAUUACGGGGCUAGUGAGAAGAGAGGAUGGAGAUUGUUUGGAUGGUGA